AUUCACAAUCUGAAAUGCAAAAAUGUAAUGCAUGUUUGUUUUAAAUUAUAUAUUCUGGGACUCUCUUCAUUAAUGAAAAUUACGAUCAAGUCAUGUCAUAUGAACGACAUAAAUUCAGUGUGCAGGGAAAUCAUUUUAGUACUUUGCAUUUUUAGACAUUAAAUAAUUUGUAGGAAAUUAUAUAAACAUUUUUACAAAAUGUUUUUGAAACCAACAUGAGUGAAACAUUAAAAACUUGGCAAAUAUACUUUAGCGUAAAUCUUGACAUUUUAGAAAUAUUUGUCUUUGUCCCUUAUAAAGUAGUCUUUAUGUGAUAAUUGUCAUCUGCUUAUAGAAAUUUCAGUCUCUAUUUAGGCUUAGUUUAGUAAAUGUAGGUUAAUAACACUACAGAACACACUGAGUGAAUAACACUGUGCUGUCACCAAUAGGAAAAGGGACUAUGAGGGAUUUUUGUGUUCAUUGCUUUUUCCUGAGGCUGUUCGUCGCUCUGCACUGGCACUGAGGGCAUUCAAUGUAGAACUGGCACAGGCAGAUUAAGGACUCUGUUUUUCAGAAAACCAUUGGUUUAAUGCGACUGCAGUUCUGGAAGAGCGCCGUGGAGGAUAUUUACAGAGAUGACCCUCCAGUCCAGCCCGUCAGUGCAGAACUGUGGAGAGCAGUGAGGAAGCACACAUUAACAAGGAGGUGGAUGUUAAGGAUCAUAUCAGAAAGAGAGAAAGAUAUGGAGGACAAAGCAUACAGGAAUCUUCAAGAGCUGGAGGCCUAUGGUGAAAACACACAAUCCUCUCUUCUUUACCUGCUGCUGGAGACACUCGGUGUGAAAAAUGUCCAUUCAGACCAUGCCGCAAGCCACAUUGGCAAAGCCCAGGGCAUCCUGACCUGCCUGCGGGCGACCCCAUACAACAGCAGCAGACGCAAGGUCUACCUGCCAAUGGACAUCUGCAUGCUGCAUGGCGCGUCUCAGGAGGACUUCAUCCGUGGCAGCAGGGACCAGAGCAGCAGGGACCAGAACAUCAGGGACGUUGUUUAUGACAUUGCCAGCCAAGCCCAUGUCCAUCUCCAGCACGCUAGAUCAUUCAGUGAGAACGUUCCACAUGUGGCCAUGCCUGUCUUCCUGCAAACGGUUGUUUUGGAGGACUACCUGCAGAGAGUGAGGAAAGUAGACUUUGACGUGUUUCACCCAAGCCUACAAAAGAGGAAUCCAAUGCUGCCCCUUCAGCUGUAUUUACGGUCAUGGAAGAAGAUCUAUUGAUCUGUUUGAUUAAAACAUCAUCUGAUUGCUUCAGAUGAGCUCAUCUGUCAAACAAACCAAACACUUGUAAUAAAUCAUCUAGCUUCUAUAUGUUCUCAA